AUGAAGACCACAGCUAUUGGAGCCCUGGCCACGCUGGCCGGCUCGCCCUUCGCGGCGGCUAUCAGCCAGGUUGACAACCCUGCCAAGCAGGAGAAGUAUACCAGUGGCGCUGUCAUGGACGGCAUCAUGGCUAAGAAAUACGCCACUUGGGACUCUCAGAAGGUCGCCGGCGCUUUCGACUCGAGUCUGUACCCGUCGUACGCUGGUGCCGCACCUGUUCCUUGCGUCAACGGAGUCGCUGAGGUCAUCCCUGGUGACGCCAAUAACACGUUCAAGUGCAGCAACAUCGACUUCUAUGAUUUCAAGAGCCACGCCGACUUGGGUUCCUCCACUGGCGAGGGUGCUUCAACCUGGGGCUGGACCAGCGAGGAGGGCCGCGAGUUUGUUGCCAUCGCGCAAGCUGAUGGAGCUGCUUUCGCCGAGGUCUCCACGGAGGGCAAGCUCGUCUACCUCGGUCGCCUUCCCCAAUACUCCGCAGCCGCGCCCAGCAUCUGGCGUGAGAUCCGGGGCUACAAGAGCCACAUCGUGAUCGGCAGCGAGGCGCAGCAGCACGGCGUCCAGUUCUUCGACCUGGCCAAGCUCGCCGACAUCGACCCGGCCAGCCCCAAGACCUUUGGCGACGCCGACCUGACGGGCCACUUCAACGACCUGCCCAUCGGCCGCUCGCAUAACGUCGUCGUCAACGAGGAGCUCGAGUACGCCGUCGCCGUCGGCGCGGCGCCGCGGAACUCGUCCUGCGCCGCGGGCCUGAUCUUCAUCGACCUCAAGGACAUCACCAACCCGACCUCGCCCGGCUGCGCGUCCGGCGAUGGCUACGUCCACGAUGCCCAGUGCCUGGUCUACCGUGGUCCUGACGAGAAGUACGCGGGUCGCGAUAUCUGCUAUGGUUACAACGAGGACACCCUGACGAUCUUCGAUGUGACUGACAAGACCACGACGAACAUCAUCUCGCGUGUCGGCUACGACGGUGCCUCGUACACGCAUCAGGGCUGGGUCACUGACAAGAACUGGCAAACGACUCUUGUCUUGGAUGACGAGUACGACGAGUACGACUCAGCUGGUGCUGGUGCUGACGGUUUCCCCGUCACCUACUUCUGGGACAUCACCAGCCUUGAGGCCCCAGUCCUUUCUGGGUACUACAAGAACGAGUACGCACUUGGCAUCGACCACAACCAGUUCAUAAUCGACGGAGUCGCAUACCAGAGCAACUACGGCGCCGGCCUGCACGUGCUGGACGUCUCCUCGCUGGCGACCGACAAGACCGGAGCCGGCGUCACCGAGCUCGGCUACUUCGACAUCUACCCCGAGAACGACGCGCUGCCCGGCGGCGGCAGCAUCGAGUUUGUUGGCACGUGGGGACACUACCCCUACUUCCCAUCUGGCUUCAUUGUCGUCAACACUAUUGAGAGGGGAGCUUUCGUCGUGAAGAGGACCAACGCUUAG